ACAUUUUACUUCCAUACGAGUAGAAGCGGCCUGGUUGUUGUUUACAUUGAUUUACUAACUUUCAUUACCAAUAAAAGUCAUCAAGUGUUUUGAAAAUUAAUAAACAGUUAUAAUUAAAACAAUCAUUAGAAAAAUUGAAAAUUAUAAAAUAUAUGUAUAAUUACAAUGAUCGAAAACGCUGAACUAAUAAUGCAAAUGCUGGAAAUGUAUCAAAUGUAUAAACAACAAGUCCCUGUUGAACUUGAAGAAUAUCUUCGGUAUGUCGCUAAAACAGGUAAUACUCUUUUCCAAUGGACUCUUGUAAAACCAUUUAUCAGAGAAAAGAUCUUAAAUGUCAUUGCACAGUUUACUGAACAAACUUGCUUAGCUGAUAUACCUCCAUAUCCAAAUGUAGACCCAUUUAAUUAUGAAGCAAUGAAGAAUAUGUUGUUAGAACGCUUUGAUACAUUCAAUGGACCUCCAUUUACAAUUCAAAGAUUAUGUGAACUUUUAUCUACGCCAAGAAAAGAAUAUAAUAGGGUAGAUAAGUUCAUGCGCGCUGUAGAAAAAAAUAUAUUAGUUGUAAGUACAUGUGAUUUAAAAGCUAAACGUGAUGAAACAAUUGUUAAUGGCAUCCCAGAACGUUGGGAAAAUGGUAAAGAAACUGAUAUAAAUAUGGAUUUUGUUGAAAAGAAUAACAUAAUUAGUACUGAUGUUAAUAUUCUUAAUGCAAAUGAAACUGUUGAAAGUUUAUUAAGUGAAUUAGAAUCUAUGAAAACACCAGAAACAAAGCCAGAGGAAAAUAAAGAACAAUUUGUUAAUGAAGUGUCAAAUCAAGAAGAAAAUGAAUUUAAUCCCAAAGAAUCAAACAAUGAUCAACAACCCGAUAACCUUUCAUUACCAAAUUCACAUACAACAGAAGAACCUCAAAGUAAAAUUAAAGAAUUUAAUGAAAAAGAACUUUCAUCAGAUGAAGCUAAAGAAGAGCUACAAGAAACUACUGAAACAAAAUCCAGAGAAUUAAAUAAUGAAAUAAUAAAAAGUCCAUUAGAUGAUUGUAAAGAUCUUCCGAAUGAAAUAAUCUCAAAUUGUGGAGAAUCUAGUGUAAAUGAUCCAGUUUCAGAAGAAAAUAAGAUAGAAGAUCUCAACUUAUUAGUUACUGAACCCAAUCGGAUAGAAGGUUCUAUUAUUCAUCAAACUCCAGAUUGUGAUAAUAAGCAAGAUUCUCAAAUCAUACAAUCAAAUGAUUUGGAGGAAAUAAAUGAAGAACAAAAUAAUAUGGAUAUAUGUACUGAAGAUAAUUCAAAGACAUUAAAUAAUGAAGAAGCUAAUGAUGAUUUACACAGUAUUAAUUCUACAGAGGUUCAAAACAGAGAGAGCGAAAAUUCAAUUAAAAAUGAAUCAGUAAUAGAAGCAAAUAAUUCACAAAAUUAUUUGGAGUCUAACAAUAUUGAAAAUGUUCAUGAAGAAAACAAUAAAUCAGAUAUAAAUGAAAGUGGAAUUACUGAGUCAUACACAACUACAGAAAUGAAAGAUGCAAGUGACGAAAAAUUGACUGAGAAUGAGUAGAUUUAGUAAAUAAUAGACCUUAUAAAUGUAUUUCUUGACUGUUUAGGUUAAUGUUGAAAUUACUUGGAUUAGUAAUUGUUGUAUGAUUUAUCAUCCAUUUGAUACAAUUGAAUCCGAACAAGUUGUUUAAUUUAAUGUACAAAAAAUUAUUUCAAAUAAAUUAUAUUAAGUGCAAAUUUGAUAUGAUUAAAUUUAAUUCCAAAAUUA